AUGGGGGAGGAAGCGGACCUGGGGUCCGUGUCAGUCUUGUCACUUUUGAUGCAAACUGGGUGGCCCUAUGCAGUCAUUUACGGCAUCCUUGCAGUGGGCAUCAGCACCGUGCUCUGCCUCCACGAUCUGUUCCCUAUGCCCUGGUGCUUCAAGGACAGACAAGGCGCUGUCCUCUUGCCCUUAGGCUGUUGGGUCUCCAUUUCGAGUCUCGUGGGUUUGCUGCUGGGGCUCUUUAUUUCGCCCUAUUUCCCCUGUUUCAACGGAAGACCUGGGAGAUGCUUCAUAGAUAUGGUCUCAAUCGACCAAUCGGAUCCUGAAAAGAUCGAGGAAGGCAUCUACGGCAUUGGAGGAUUUCUUUCUGUUUCCAGAGAGCUGCAGGUCUUAUGGAGCCCGCCCUAUCUAUCCAGGCUUUGGUGCGUCUUUGAGUUGGCGGCAUAUCGCAAGGCGAAUCCUUCAGGGAAGAUCACCUUGACGCCUCUCUACGUCGAGCAGAUCCUGACCAUGAUGAUCAUCGGCCUGUAUGUGGUGCUGGGAUGCUACUGGGUGGCGAAUGCGCUGAAUCUCUCUGGCCUGAGUACUGUGGUGUAUGUGGUUGCAAUGAUCCCUGCGUGCAUUCCGUUGCAUCUGAUGCGUCGAAACCUCGCAGAAUCGAAGCACAAACUGCUCAGCGAUCUGAAAGACUUUGAUAUCAAGCAAGUGCAUUGCCUUGACGACUUUGAUCGCAGCUUCAUUCAUUCCGCGAUUAUCAAGUGGUAUGGCAGUCGGGAAGCCUUCACCGACUUCGUGCGAGGGCCCCUGAGGGAUGAACUUCUGUAG